AUGCCGCUGGGGAGCCCACUACCACCGCCACUGCCGCCGCCCCCGCGACUCUGGCCAAGGCCACGGUGCCUUCCCCGCACCAUCAUGCCAUCCACCGCUGCGGGCAGAGGGCACUGGGCUGCGGCGGCCGGAGCCCGAGCAGUGAAGCAUGAACCGCAGCACAACAAAUUCACAGUCCGCGCUCCUUGCCGCGAUGCUGCCAGGAAAGUCCCUUCUGCUGGGCGGUUGCCGCCUUCCUGGGCAUGGCCUGGCCCGGCCGCCGGAGCGGAGAGGGCGGGACAGGGAAGCUGGGAGUUGUCCUUCCUUCCUUUCUUUGAAAUCAAAAUCCUUUCCUCGGGGAGGAGCGCAGGCAGCGGCUCCGGCGGGCUGUGCUGUCAGCCGCAGCGCUACAGGCCACCUUGGGUUCGGCUGCGCACGUGGGCUUCAGGCGCCGUGACCGCGCCAGGCGGCACUUCUCCACGACGGCUGCCCGGGUUGGCGCUCUGGAACGCACAGCCGCCCCAGGCACAUCUCCUACCUCGCGCUCUCUGGAAGCUGCGCCGGCGGCGGCUGCAGGGCCGAGGGUGUGGUCGCGCUGUCGCGGCCACGCCAAGUCAGAGCCGGGUGGGAGCCUGCACUGAUUGCGCACAGCGGUCGCCCCGCUCACGUUCUCGCCCGCCACGCCCGGGUGCCCGGGGCUCCUCGGCGGCCCUUCCCGCCUGGCAGCUCACAGCGCGCGGCCCGGAGCCGCGGCGGCACGCCCUCCCGGACCGCGCGCCCGGCGGCCCGCUGCUGGCUGUCGGCGCGAAUCCAUCCCCGGUGCCCCCUCGUCUUGGGCCCGCAGCGGCUGAGAUCUCCCGAGGCCCCGAGCCCCGCGCAUCGGAUGCAGCUGCGCGACUCUACCCGGCUGAGGAGCCGACUCAGAAGGUCCCCUUGGCGCCGUGGCCACCAGCCGGGGCCCCGGCUCCUGCCAUUUCCGUCAACCACCAACUUCCGAGCGAGCGCGGAGAAACUGAAAGGAAGGGCGGGGACCGAAAGGCGAGGGGAAAACACCCGCUUCCUCUCCGCGCGCGGCUUAACCUCGGAGCGCGGCCGUGGGUGCCCGCCCGCCGGGGCCGCCGGAGGCUUCCCCUCUGCCCAGCCGCGCCUCGCCCCCGGCUCACCGCCGCAGCACCUCGCCGUAACCUCCCCGGAGCCUAUAGAAAUCUUUUGUGUGGCGUCACCGCCUUUCGUUUAAAUCCCGCUUCCUCCUCUCGCCUUUCCUCCCGCCCCCUCCGCCGCUCCCGGAUGCUUGCGCGAUGCGCUGCUCCUCCCCCGGGAAGCUGGGUGGCUGCGGGGGACGCCGCCGCCCAGCACUCAGCUGCGGACCUGGGGCUGGUGGUCCCGAGCCGCCCCUGGGUUCUGGCGGAAAGACCGGGUAGCAGACGGGUUGGGGAAGGGCCACCCGACCAGGGGCUCUGCGCACACCCUGGGGAGAUCGGAGCGCAGCCGCCGGUUGGCCUUACACAUCCCCACAGAUGAUGGAUGAGAGCUGCUGGGUCCCUAAGGAGCAGAAUCAUCAUGUUAACUGGUCACGGUCCUUACCUGGCACAUCCUCUUGCUCUGUGACCUAUUUUGUUCCUAUCCAGCUGGGCAGGACUCCACCAUCAGUCCCAGGUUUUUCCUGCCUUCCUCCUUCCCUCCUUCCUUUCCUGCCACAUCUUUGUUCAUCAGAAGAUAGAUGUGUGAGGGAGGCUUGUGUGAAGGACCAGUUCUGCUUUGGGAGAAACACCUGAACAUUCAGAUCCCAAGAUUCUGGCAGAUCUGGAAUUUCCUUUAGUUAUUAACUAUAGUACCCUACAUGGAGGUGAAGGUUGCUACUGGCCAGUGAUCUUUGGAUGUAUUUUCUAUCUUUCAUAGUCUUGGAGAAGAGAAGAACUAAGAUUCAGUCACCUCGGACCCCUAACACUAAUAAUGACUGAACAUGUUUCAAUAUGUUUCAUGGUAUCUGGUACGGAAUUGCUCAGGGUGCCUUGUGGUCAGUAACUACAGAUUGACUAGAUUCUAUGGAGCUUCUCUGGUCACUCAGACAAACUUGGCACUUCUGCCCUUUCCGUCCAUUGUGCUGUCUACACAGCUUCAGUGUGACUAUUGGCAGCCUGUAUUUGUAACUGUUGGCACACCUCUCUCUCCAAAACCCUUUCUUUCAUCUAGUUAAGGGGAGGACUUGAUAUACUUCUUUCUUCCACACCUAAUGCAUUGCAUGGUCAUCAAUAAACUUUUAUAGAAUUCAUUCAUUUGUUAAACCUCCUGGCAAGAAAAGUAUUCUGGCUGCCCACAACUUUUAUUCAGUAAUUGUCAGAAAGUGAUGGACAUUCGUGAAACAACAGCAGGGCACAGCUUGUGCAUGGUGGUGACCUCAUUGCCACUCUCUUCAUCCUCACCUGAGCCCCACUCCAGGGCCCCUCCUAUACCUUCCCAUGAUUCAGUCUACUAAAGGGUUAAUAUUUGGUACAAGAGCCCUACCCUCAGGUCAUAGACCUCAGCUCUGAUUAAUUGGUAAUUGUGCCUCUAGUUUUUCAAUACUUUGAAAGUUAUCCCUGCCUGAUUUCAGAUAGUACUAGAAAUUCUUGUUUCCCCCUCCUCUGCUGUGAUGGACACAAGCCAGGAAGAGCCCAGAUUAGGACACUAAUUAGAUCUGAGAUUCAGUUUUGCCAUUCACUAUCUCCCCUCCUUUUACAGGUAGGGUUAGUAUUAACCCCAGAGUAAGAGAGGCCUGUGCUUUAUUUAGGCCAUGGCCACAUGACUUCUUACACUUCAGAAUUCUCUUUCCCAGCCCUGUACUGCACAGCCUCAGACCUGGUUCAGACUCUGGCCCCAUCUGAAUGCUCCUGGCUCUAGACCCUUUUCAAUCCAUUUUCCAUAAGGCUCCCAGUGACUACCAAUUAGAAAACCUCAUUGUCCCAUAUACCUGGGCUCCACUUUUUGCCCUGCAGCUGUACUAUCUCUGUGACCUCAUAUAAAUUAUAUAAUUCCAAAAAAAAACCCAGAAUUUCCUCUUAUUUAAAAUAGAGGAUAUUAUUAUCAUCAGGCCCUGACCUCCUAUAAUUUGCAUUGGAUCUAGUGCAGAUUGCUUAUCUCCUCUACCAGUCCAAAACCUCCAAGAAAAACAAUUAUUAAAAUUAAUAAAAUAAUUAAUUUUUAAAAAAUUCUCCAAAAGCAAGGGCCUUAUUGUAUUCAUCUUUGCAUCAGUGCCUCAUCUGAUUCUCGGUUAAUGAUAUGUUGUUAGUAAAUAAAAUUCUCCAGGGUUGAAUAAAAUCAAGUUACAAAACACCAAAAUAUAUUUAAAAUAUCAAGGCAUUGAAAAUGCAGUUGAUCCAGAUAUCUUCACAUCAGUGGAUUAUAAAACAAAUGGAUUUCCUUCUUGGAUGAAAGUAGCCCUAAAAUUUACUCAACCCCAACAAUUUCUAUCAAAGACUCAAUGACUUUUGUUCUCUAUAACCAUAUACUGUAGGCCGACAAUCCCAGCACUUUUGCACCUUAACUUGGCAGCAGGCAAAAUGAAUGACCAGGGUGACCCCUCCCAACAGAGCACAUGAUCCGCCACAGCUGUGCAUGUUUUUUAGCAUGACUGCACCAGGACAGAGCUCCAAGCCACUGGGUGGAGCAAUGUGCCCCUGGGAGAAAGCUUAGACUUUUCCCCUAUGAUUUCAGAAAAGAAAGAGAAAAGUCUCUUUUUCUUAUAAGUUGUUUCUGCUUAAUGUCAAUAGGAAGUGUUAUCAUAACCUAUGUACAUGCAUGCAUGCAUAGAACAUCCACCACCAGUACAGUGGGAAAGAAUUCAAGCUGCACUGGUCCCAAGAUGGGUGGUAAGGCAGACAUUGCCAGCUAGUUGCCCCAACCUCCACUUCAUACGUUUCCCUUAAUAACAGAAUCUCAAUUUUAUUUGACUGACAAUGUAUACAGCUAGAAGACAAUUUCCUGGCCUCUAUGGUAGAGACAGGCUUUAGCCAGUGAGAUCAGAACUGUUGUGGGUAAGGUCCAGAUAGGAUGCCUCAAAAAAGUUGAUCCUAUUGAAAGGUAUGCUCUAUUUGGUUUGCCUUCCUUCUUCCUUCUCUGGUUGAAUGUAAUCUUGAUGACUGGAGCUCCAGUAGCCAUCCUGGAACUUGUGAUGACCUUGAGGAUGGAAGCCACAGGGCCAGUGUGAUGGAGCAGGUUGAGAAAGAAGGCGGGGUGCUACGUGACUGAGGUACCAUCAUACCAGCCUGAGAUGCUUAGUUUCGACCUGCUUCUCUGAAAGAAAUAUCAAACAAGCAGGCACAGUGGAGCGCACCUGUAAUGGCAGAAUCAAAAGUUUGAAGCCAAUCUCAGCAGUUUUGUGAAACUGUCUCAGAAUAAAAAAUAAAAAGGACUGGGGGUAGAGCUCAGUGGUAGAGGACCUCUGAAUUCACCCCCUAGUACAGAAAGAAUAACAAUAAAGUCAUUUAUCUUACCUACAUGUUUUUUAAAAUUAAUUUCUAUUAUAUGUAUCCUUGUAUUUGUAUCCAUUACAAAGCAUGAAGAAAAGUCUAUUGCCACUUUUUAAAUUGGUGUUGUAAUAGCAAAAAAAAAAGUGGUAAUAAAUGUUCAUGAGUAGGAAAUAAACUAUUGCUGUAACAGUACUGAAGAAUACUAUAUAGAAGUCUAAAGAAUCAAAUUUCUUCCUGUCAUAUUUUUAGGUGGAAAACACUUGAGCCCUGUAUACUUAAAAAUUCAUACACUAUGCUGCCAUAAAAACAUAUAAAUGCAACAAAAGCAUUGCUAGAGAUACUUUGAGAUUUGCAUUACGAAGUGCAUGUAAUAUGUGACAAAAGAUAAUUGGUUGAGGUGGAGUAGAAUUGUGGGGUCAGUAUUUAAACUUUGUAUAAAGUUCGGAUUUUUUUUUUUUUUUUUUUUGGUGGUGCUGGGGAUGGAACCCAGGGCCUCAUGCAGGACACAGAACCUUUAU